AUGCCACCGCCUGACGCGUCCAUGGUCUCACCCUCAUCCACCUUCAGGCUCCACACCGAUUUCCUCAUCAAUUUCUUUCGCCACCGCACCCGCGCCAAGGACCUGGCCGCGCGCCCCUCCCCGCCGGCCGACAUCCCCAGGGUGUUUGGGUGCGUCGUCAGGACGCGGCACGGGCCGACGGUGGAGAUCUUCAGCAGCCUCGACCUCCAGGCCUCCGCAGCCCGCCGCCACGCCUUCUUCGAGAAGAAGAGAAAGAAGGAGGAGCUACGGUACAUCCCGCCUCCGGUAAAAAGGAGUUUGCGGUCGAGCGACACGAAUCGCAAACAACGCCAAUGGCAGAUGCGGCUCCGGUACAUCCCGCGUCCGGUAAAAAGGAGUUUGCGGGAGGAGCACUCCCCUGACCUGGACGUCCUCGGGUGGUACUCCACCGGGACCGGGAGAGAGGACACUGACACGCAGGAAAUCCACAAGGCCUUGAUGAUGGACGAUGCUAAUAAUGGAACAACAGGAGGAAGAAGAGAUUUCUAUCUCCUCGUAGUAGAUCAUCGCGUGACCGAUGAUUUCUCAUCUGAGAACGAUCUCCGUGUGACCGUCUAUGAUUGUGUGCUGCACGCUACUCGUCCCAUCUUUGUCAAAUCAAACUGCACCCUAGAGUUUCUAGACCACAAAGGAUGUUUCCUCUGCUGCCCGAACCGAUCUGCCGACGACUAUGGCGAGAAUGCGCCGACUCAUGAUCAUGAAAAAGGAGGAGGAGGAGGAGGAGAAGGCACGUAUCAUCAUAGGCACCGGUCAUCUAGGUGGACCAUGCUGCUCGAAACUCCGUCGGGUUUCGCCCUGUUCAACAUUGACGCGCGGUUUCUUCAACAUCCCGACGAGAUAUGGCCCUGGUUUACUCGUCUCAGAGAUGCACGCUCCGCCGUCUCCACCUUGGGUUUCAUCAAGCUUGGAGAUAACAAAUCUCUUGCCUGGGAUGCCAAAGUCGGCCCUCGCGAGGACCUGGCCAAAUUCAUCCUAAGAUUCAUCACCACACAUGCACAGUUACUGAUUGUUCCCGAUCCACAACUCAAGUAUGUCAUUGAGAAAAAGCUCAAGGUCGGUUGCUUUUUCGAUAAACCUACCGUUCAUGAGCUGACGUGGGGACUAAAUUAUGUCCUAGCUGAAUUUGUACCUGAAGAAAGGGACAACCUAACUCACGACGAAUGCCAUCUCCCGCUGAGCAAGGAGCUGGAGAAGAAGAUAAGAGCAUAUGGAUUCAACGUCUCGCCGCAAAUUAUUAUUGACAGAGAGUUCAUAAGCAUCGUCGGCCACCUGUACAGCCUAGAAUAUAUUUCAGAGAGUCUUUCCGUGUACUUGCGCCGUACAUUCGGUCACCGCUUUCCGGGGAGUCAUCGCAUGUCUGACCUAGAGUUUGCAAAAGCCAUUGCAGAUAGGCUCCAUUCAUCCGAGGAAAUGAUGAUAGCAAAAGAUGACAGGUACAGCAAACAAGACAUAGUGAGUUUCACUGAUUUUAUUUUGAAAGCUCCUGAAUUGAAAAAUCGUGAUAUAUCACGUCUCAAGCAUAUGGAGGCAGCAGCUAGCGAAGGUCCUUUGGGGGUUCUCGACAAGAAAAAUCCAUGUCUCGAGCGUAUGGAUAUAGUAGCUAGUGAAGAUUGUUUUGCUGAUUCUGAGCAAAAAACGCCAGUGGAGUCCUGGGGCAAAGCUGAAGUCACGGACAAGGAGCCGACACUUCAACUUAAGCUUGAGGCUGCAGCUUCAAAACCAAAGGCCUUGGGGAAAAAUAAGAAGGGUGAUGAUAGUAAUAAUGAUUGUGGUUCUAUCUCGAGUGAGGAUGAUAGUAAGCCAGAGACCGGGAAGAAGAGAGCAGCUGGAAGUACGUCGAAGAUGCCUGCUUCCAAUAAGAAGGCAAAGGUCGCAACACAACACCGUGUGGCAAGAAUUAGACAGGCAAAGAGGACACAAAACUAA